AUUUCUUUCCCCGGGGGGAGGGGGGGGGGCGAGCGAGCGACAGAGGAAACAAAAUAGUGGAGGCCGCAGACGCGGAGCGGGAGAGAGUUAGCAUCCGUCUCCAUCCGCGCUCCUCCGUCGCUUCAUUUAUUCUUUGGUAUCGGUAGAUACAGAGCGUAGGGCCUGGUGAACGAGCCCCGAAGGAGGCACGUUUCAAGGGGUGCCUAAAGGAACCACCGUACUCAAUGACCUUCCAGCGAGAUGUCAGAUCGUUUGGGGCAAACUGCAAAGGGAAAGGAUGGAAAAACCAAGUACUCGUCACUCAACCUAUUUGAUACUUACAAAGGAAAGUCCUUAGAAACCCAGAAACCUACAGUCACCGCACGUCAUGGAUUGCAGAGUCUCGGUAAAGUUGCCGCUGCUCGGCGUAUGCCACCCCCUGCAAACCUGCCAAGCUUAAAAGCAGAAAAUAAAGGCAAUGACCCCAAUAUUUCUUUAGUGCCAAAAGACGGAACAGGAUGGGCAAGCAAGCAAGAAUCGCAAGACCAAAAGAGUACCGAUGCAUCGACAUCUCAGCAGCCGGAAUCGCAGCAGCCGCCGGCUUCACAGACGUCUGGCUCCAGUCAGCCGAAACGUCCGGUAGCAGCAACAGCAGUGGUGGUAACACCACAGGAGGCCACCCCUUCAGCACAAGGCGGAACAAAAUCCUGGGCACAGGCCAGCGUUACACAUGGUGCACAAGGAGAUGGUGGAAAGGGAUCAAACCAACAGUCGCCAUUCUCUCGCGAGGAAUUUCCAACCCUUCAAGCGGCUGGAGAUCAGGACAAAGUUGGCAGAGAAAGGGACAUUGCAGAUCAGUCGUAUGGGCCCGGACCAAGCCUCCGCCCUCAAAAUGUGACCAGCUGGAGGGAGGGUGGUGGGCGGAACUUGGGUGCUCCGGGUGUCUCUUUGAUCGAGGGGGAAACCAAAGAGCUAAGCCCAGAAGAAGCAGCAAGCUCUAUAGCAUCCUCAGCCGACCCGAAAGUGCCUGCGAGGAUGGCCGAACAACCACCUAGAUCAGGGAGCGGCGUGCCCCAGCAGGCAGUUCCCCAGCCCUACCCUCCACCAUACAGGGGGAUGAUGCCGGCUUUUAUGUAUCCUCCAUAUUGUGGUUUACCGUUUCCGACACCUUACGGACCACAGGGACAAUACAGAUACCCAUCACCCGACGCCAGCAAGUUUCCUCGUGUUCCAGCACCUCGAUUACCACAGCAUCCCACGCGGAUGACUGAAGCAGUAAAGCGACCCUCCAUCCUCAAACAGGACGACUUGAAAGAGUUUGAUGAGCUUGAAAAUGAGACUGAUGAUGGCUGGGCAGGAGCACACGAGGAAAUAGACUACACUGAAAAGUUAAAAUUCAGCGAUGACGAAGACGAUGAUGAUGCUGAAAAGGGAAAACCUGAAAAUUGGAGCGGCCAGUUGAGUCGGCCUGAACGGCAAGAGCUGCGCAACUCUGAGCACAGGAAGGAGACCCCCUCGGAUGAGCACUCGAAUGUCAAGGCAGCUCGGGGUGAGGGUCCAGCUCCUGCUGCAACUGAGCUCGGGCCAGGCAGAGUCCCCGGCAACUGGGGGCCUGCUGCAGAAUACCAGCAGGCUGCGGUCCCCCAGGAUAAAGGCAACCCGGCCCUAGCAAGCCAAAAGGCGCCCGUGGGUGAAGACGAGGACGAGGCCUGGCGUCAGCGGCGCAAGCAGUCGUCCACAGAGAUCUCUGCCGCGGUGGAGCGGGCGCGCAAGCGGCGCGAGGAGGAGGAGCGGCGCAUGCAGGAGGAGCGGCGGGCCGCCUGCGCGGAGAAGUUGAAGCGCCUCGACGAGAAGUUCGGGGCGUCGGAGAAGCGGCAGAAGUGUGAGCAGGAGAAGGAGGAGGUGUCGGAGGGGAAGGAGAACGAGGAGCCCGUCGGCUCCAACAAACGGCAACGCACGGCCAGCAGCAGCAGCUUUGAAAUGACUCAAGCUGAACCUCCACCUCCUCCUGAAAAGGAGACGGUUGAAGUGAAAGAGGAGACGGGGGUGGCAAGAGUCGAGUCAAAAGUAGAGGUGGUAGUGCAGGGGAGGCAGCCGCAGCCCUCGCAGGGUUACUCCAAGUACCAGAAGUCGUUGCCGCCCAGGUUUCAAAGGCAGCAGCAGGAACAGCUACUGAAGCAGCAGCAGUGGCAGCAGCAGCAGCAACAACAGCAACAGCAGCAGCAGCAGCAGCAGCAGCAGCAGCAGCAGCAGCAGCAGCAGCAGCAACAGCAGCAGCAACAGCAUCACCACCACCAGCAGCCCUCCCAACAGGCUCCAGUGCAGCAGCCGCCUCUGCCACUUGCAAUGGCCCCGCCGUCAGCACCCAUGCACCCACAGCAGCAGCAGAAGCCCAUGUACCCGGGCUCAAUCGGCCGUCCGCCUCCGCCCCCCAUGCCCCCCAUGGGCUACGACCCGCGAUGGAUGAUGAUGCCACCUUACAUGGACCCUCGCAUGAUGCAGGGCCGUCCUCCCAUCGACUACUUCCCACCUGGCGUUCACCCAUCAGGUUUAAUGGCUCGCGAGCGCUCGGAUAGCGGCGGUUCUGGAUCGGAACCCUUUGACCGGCACCCGACGAGGGGCACCCCUCCUAUUGACCCCAAGUUGGCCUGGGCUGGUGACGUGUUCCCGUCAGCGGAGAUGCGGCCUAUGGCCUCGCCCAUGAGACCGCAUGAAGAUGACGACAAAGGCUUGAGGUCUGUUCACGCGAAUGUUGAACUCGCUCGUUUUAGGAGUGACACACCGCCGGUCCGACAUCGAGACUCUGGGCAUCCACAGUCCUACAUGGGCGGCCUCCAGCAGGUCCCGGACGCUGGCCCUCGCCACAUGGCGCAGAUGCAGCGCUACCCGCUGGUGGAACGGCUGGACGAUCAGAGACAGAGCCCCUGGCAGAACUCGAUGCCCGGCGUGCAGGCGGAACUGGGGCGGGACAGGCGGAUGGAGAUGUCCGUCCACCUCCAGCAUGCCCAGCGCAAGGCAGACCAGGAGCCGAUGAUUGCACGCAGGGAUGCUGUACCGCAUCCGCAUCAGCACCCGCAUCAGCACCCUCACCCUCACCCACACCCACACCAACACCCGCACCCGCACGAGGACAAGAAGAUGGAGGCCCACGCCAUGCACGUUCAGCGCGAGUCCGCGCAGCUCUCCGCUAACAGCGUGAAGAAAGCAGGGCCCCACUCGCAGCCCCUGGAGCUGCUGCAGCACAAGGAAGACCACGGGGCCAAAGAGGGCAAGCAGGACGAGGGCAGGAAGGGAGACAAGCCGGGCCGCCAGGGAGACAUGCACCGGCCUCAGAGGAAGGAUUCCAAGACGGAGACCCGCUGGGGCCCGCGGCCGGGCAGCAAGAACCGCGACGAGAUGGGGGAGAAGCCGGCCCGCCGAGCCGGCCCCAUCAAGAAGCCGGUGCUGAAGGAGCUGAAGAGAGAAGACAGCGAACAGGAGGUUGAUCGGGGGAAGCCAGCGGCCGGAGAGAAAGCUGCCGUCAAAGGGAAGGACAAACCACCGGAAUCAAGCGAGCUUUCCAAGUCGGAUUCUUCCAUCAGUUUGAAGGUGAACCAGCCCGGUCCGUCUGCGGCUGCCUCCAACAAGUCCUUGCCGGGCCCUCCCGCGGCCAACUUGCAGGACGAUCGAGGGAAGGCCAAGCCUUCUGGUAAGGAGCAGCGACCGGAGAAAAUCAAGCCGUCCAAGCCGCCCCCGAAGGACUACGGUGGUGGCCCCCCGCCGCCGCGGCGCAACCGGGACCGCGACCACUCGUUCGAGCGCAACUUCUCUGGUCGGGGCCGAGCCAGGGGCCGGGGGGAGUUCUUCUCGCGGGGCCGGGGCUACCGUGGUGCCUACGGCGGCCGGGGGCGAGGCGGCCGGGGCCGCAGCCGGGAGUUCCGGGGCUACCGCGAGCCGGUGUACCGCGCCGACGAGGACGGCCCCAAGGGCGCCUUCCGCCCACGCAACCCCAGCGAGACGCGCAGCGAGGGCUCGGAGUACGACGAGAUCCCCAAGCGGCGGCGCCAGCGGGGCUCGGAGACGGGCAGCGAGACCCACGAGAGCGCCAGUGACGUGGCUCACUCCGACAAGGAGGCCUCCUCCAGCUCCAAGGAGCCGCCCAAGGAGUUCCGCAACUCCGACCAGGGCCGGGUGGACAAGAGGAACUGGUCCGAGCCGCCGCCGAAGUUUGCCGACAAAAUGCCUCCCCGGCUCAGCGACUCCUCCCGCGGUAGGGUCUUCACCCCACGGGGAGUGCCUUCCAGGAGGGGCAGAGGGGGGGUGCCCCGUGGUGGUGGUGGUGGUGGCGGCGGUGGGGGUGGGGGCCGUCCCCAGCAAGGUGGCUGGGGCCCGCCUUCCAAGAUGUCCCCGCCCAAGAAGCAGCCUUCCAAGGAGCAGGUGAGGGGGCCGGAGAGCAAGCCCCCAGACGCCCCGGCGUCGUGCAAGGAGAGCGACCGCAGCCUGGCGGACAGGCCGGCUCCAGCGGUCGACCCGGGCGGCUACCCCGAGGCUCCUCCGAUGCACCGGCUGGAGCGGCCCAUGGACCGGCCCCCUCGCCGGCGGCGACACGGCCGGUCCCAGCAGCAGGACAAGCCGCCCCGCUUCCGCCGGCUCAAGCAGGAGCGCGAGGUGGCUGCCAGGAUGAACGGCGAGCGCAACCCGUACCCGGCCGACGAGCCGCCGCCGGUCAACCCCCCGCCCAACCCCCAGACCGAGGAGAUCAAGGAGGUGGUGCGCAGUGCUGCCGGCACCAAGUCCCCGGACCUGUCCAACCAGAACUCCGACCAGGCCAACGAGGAGUGGGAGACGGCCUCCGAGAGCAGCGACUUCACCGAGAGGCGGGACAAGGACGGCGUCUUCGUGAAGGGCACCCCCGGCGGCGUCAAGUCUAUGGAUCCCAGCGCCGCCCAGAAGAAGGAGUCGUCCAAGCGUAGCUUCUCCAGCCAGAGGCCAGGCAUGGAUCGGCAGAAUCGGCGCUCGAAUCCCGGUGAUUCUGGCGGCAGGAGCAACCGCAACAGUGCUGGAUCCAUGAGGAAUGACAAACGCAACUGGUCUUCUCCAAAGAACAGGAGGCCUGUGGAAGAACGUGGACCGCCCCUUCCUGCAGCUCUCUCUCAGAAUGCCAGCGCCGUGUUCAGAGUCGAUCGCAUCAUCCCCAGCGAUUCGGCUGCCAUCCAGCAGGCCAUCGCAGAGGUCAACAGCCGGCAGAAGGACCGCAAGCUGGUUCCCGGCAAGGCCAAGGAGAAGAGCGACAUGCUGACGCAGUUUGACCUGAAUAAUUAUGCGGGUGUGGUGAUCAUUGACGAUCACCCGACGGUCUCUGCGGACGACGCCACCACCAUAUCCCCCAUGAACGAUGGCUUCACCCGAGUCAUUUCCAAGCGGCAGAGGAGAAUCCUGGAUGACGAGCGGCGCAAAAAAGAGGAGCACCUACUUCAGAAGGCAGUUAAAAUCUGUGGGAUGGAUACUCUGCAAGCUUCCUUGCCUGGUUUCCCCAAGAAGCAAUCAAAGAAGGUGACACUCUCCACCAGCAAGUCGGAAGAAAGCACCAAGGGUCAGAGUAAUACGACGGACCUGGGAACUCGGAUCUGGAAUACCACACAUUCCGUUGGCUCCCUCACUCCUCCAACAACCACUGGACUGGCCACUUGGAUUAAACCUCUGAAUGUCUUUGCCGAGGCAGUCAGCACGGAGGCCAGCCAGACUGACAGUGGGGUGGAUUUGAGCAGCGACUGUCAGGUCUCGUCCAGCAGUUCCUCACAGCGUAGUUCUCCAGACGGCAGCCUGAAAACAGACGCCGGGGAGCGCGUUGGGCUAAUUAACCGGAUCAGCACUAAAGUGGUCGAUAUGCGAUCAUCAGACAACCAGCUCCCCGAGCCCAAAGAGCAGAAACAGAGGCCUGCUAGGACAGGAGCGCUGAAAGACACCAAGUUUCAGGAGUCUGGCAGCGAAGUGGGAAAGGAGCACAAGCCUGGGCCGAUCGGUAACGAGCGUUCGCUGAAGAACAAGGCGGCGCGCGAGGGGCAGCACAAGGGGAGUCCCGACCGGGGCGCCAAGGCCGUUGGCUUCUCUGUGAGCAGCCGGCCAAAGUCCAAGCCCGACCCCGACUUGCUUCUGGAGACGGAGGUUGCCGUGCCCCCCAUCCAGUUUGGAGCGAGCGCAAAAGACUCUGAUUUCAGUCUGGCUGCGAAUACCUUGCCCAGGUCCGCAAGUUCAUCACCCAAUACCCUGCAGAAUGCUGCCAGCAAUGAUGUGCCUUUAGCUCCCCCACUGGCAGUGGCCACCAUUGAAGCCCCACCACAGGAGAGCGAGAUGGCUCCUGCAUCUCUUCCCGGAAAUGAAUUGACUCUUAAGAUGGAAUCUGCUCGCAAAGCGUGGGAGAAGUCGCCGAGCAUCACCGAGAAGGAGGUUGCUGCGGGCGUGACCAACGCGGACAUGCCCGAGAUGACCGGCGGCUACCACUCCUUCAUCACCUCCAUCCCGGCAAUACCAGUGGCCUCGGUGGCCCCAUCCGCCACCCUCUCAGCCCCAGGAGGCCAGAUGCCACCCUGCUACUUGGAGAGUCAUUACUACGGCGGCCAGCCUCGCGGGAUGCCUCCCCCCAUCUCCCAGCACCAGGGGUUCCAGCCUGGACUCUCACGGCCCUUAAUUUCCCUGCAGUUCCAAAAAUCUGCCGUUCAAGUGCUUGGUGGAGAUUAUGGAAACGCAAGAGACUGCAGAUACUGGAACCUUGAGCAGAAAACUGUGCCAGAAGAACACGGAGGGUCAGGCAGCAUCUGUGGAGGGAAUGGACAGGCGACGUAUCAGGCCAUGCCGACCCAGCAGAUCUCGCUUCCUCUCCACACUCCUCUCCAGGGCCAGGGCCAGGUCUCUGCUCUUGGUAUCAGACAGGGGACACCAGUUUCACAAACGCAGGACAUGUUCACCUCCCUCCAGUCUUUCAGGUCUCAACAGUUGUACCUUCAGCCUGGCCUGUCGCCACCGUCGGCAGCUAUGGUGCAAGGGUCAACGCUGAUAUCCGGGGGGCCGGUGAAGGGCCAGUAUGUUGGCUUCUCAGCCAUGCAGGCUGGGGAGGUGACCAAGGCCCCAGCGGGGCUGCCCUACCAGCAGGCAGCUUGCACCCCUCCGAUGUCCGUCAUCUACAACACCCAACUGGGCAACUCCCAGCUCAUUGACUCCCAGUUGAUACAGAUGCGACAAGGCUUGGCCCAGCCGUCUGACUUCUACACCUCGCCGCUGCAGCAGCCCAGUCAAAGCAACUACUUCGCAGCGCCGCCAAUGUCCAGUGGGCCGCUCCACCAGAUGUUGGUGCCCAUGCUGGGCUCCCAGCUCUCGGUGCCGGGCUUUGGAUCCAUGCAGCAGCCCCUGGUUCAGCUUCCGCAGUCUCUGCAUCAUUCCCAAGCUCAAGCCAUCCCUCCCGGAGCGCCCAGACGAGUACUCCACUCCGGCUACCACACCGCAGCACCCGCUCUGGGACGAGAGGUUGAAAGAAAAUACCCAGCAUUUCAUUUUAAUGUUAAUCCAGUGGAUCCUAAGGCAUUUCAUUUGGACAGGAAGAUGAAUCAGUCUCCUGGUGCACUUGGUUAUACUGUUCCUUCACCGACAAUGUUCAGGCCUGGCACUACGAGCCCCCGGGGAAAGUCGCCUGGACCUGCCCAGUGCGGCAUCAAUCCCCUGCCGUGUUUCAGAGGGAACGUGUCCCAACAGUUUCGAACUUUCCUGGCAGGCAAAGCAGCGAGCCGAGGUGCUGCAGAGCACCCAAAGGUUCUUCGAGCGAGUGACUCCGCGCAGCAGCAACCCCAGCGAGCAGCAGGAGGGAGACAGCGCACCGCCGCGCAGGGGGGACAGAUCUUCGGGCAACCCCAAGCCGGCGCGGACCGGCCCCAUCAAGCCUCCGAGCACUAGGCCUCAGGACGAGAAACUGUGACGGGCCAAGCGACGAGACUGCAGCCUCUCAAAAACUGAAGGAAUCUACAUCUCAAGGGGGUUUUAUUUGUCUGUCUCAAAGGAAUAUGGCUUUUUGUUUUAGAAAAGAAAAAAAAAAGAUGAAAUGUGACUGAUUUCAGUGGACUACACACGCGGGCCGAAUCCAGCAGCUUGAUGGUGAAGCUGAACUUGGAGAAAGGAAUAGGCAGAAGAGGCGACCCAGUCCUUUUUUAAAGAAAAGAGAUUUCUCUACCAUAACGAAGCAUUCAUCUUAUUGGUAACUAGUAAGUCCUUGUAGAUCCACUUAAUAAAUGCCAAUCCCUUAUAAGGCAUCUGCUUUCUUUGAGGGGGACUAGGCCGCGUAAAGACUAGAAUCGGUUUGGACACCACAAAAAGGUGUUUUAGAGUAAGAGGGGCCACUCAGUCGAGCAUUUGAAAAAGUAACGCGGACAGAUCGGUCUGAGCUUCUGUCUUGUCUGUGUUUCCACAAAAAAAACGGUUGUGAAUGUUUGCAAAUGGUGGUAGACGCGUACAAAUGACUAAUUCCACGGCUCUCUUGCUCUGCGGCAUCGCACUAUUUAAGAGGCACGUCUGCCUUUGAUCCGUGCAAUCUGUACCUCAGUCAGCGAGAUGUCUUCCCUCACCCGCCCGUGUUUUUUUCCCCGCCUUCAGGCCUCUCCCUCCAAAAUCCCAGCUGUUCCUGCAACAACAACAUGAAUAAAACGCACUAGGGCUUUUUUUGAAACUUCCCUUCGGUUGGUUCCCUCCCUCCUCCCAGAUAGACCAUCCCGGUAUUGAGUCUCAAAGCAGUGCAGGAGACGAAGGCAACAGGGUUUCCAGUCUGGGCCCACUCAGCGUUGCAGUUUCCAAGCCUGGGCGAUUUCGAGAAGUUGGGGGGGUUAACAUUUAGCUACACUCUUCAGGACAACGGCAGCUGCAGGGGGGCAGAUUAAUGUGAGAUUUUAAAAUGGCCCCCACCCACCCAAAGGGCGUGCAUACACCAGCGGUUAGAAGCAGGCUUCACUAGCUGCCCUGUAAACUGGAUCUAGCCUGGCGUCGAAUGACGUUUUUGAAUCGCGGAUUGAUCAAAAGGUGCGUUUUCUUUGCCCCCUUCCACCACCCCCACCCCCCAAUCUCCCGACUACCGAAACGUCGUAGUGAAUGAACUCACUGCGCUGGGAUGGGUAUUUUUAGCGUGACUCUGUCCGUGACAAGGCAAUCCGGCCCCCCCAAGACCAGACGAUUGCGGUGUCAGAAAGGGCAGAGGGAACGCGUGGCCAGCUGCCUGCGCUCAUUUCUGUCGCUGGCUUGCCAUGCGGGGAAUCUAUAGUCUGUCCCGUGAAUGGUGGGAGGUGGCAAAGACGUUUUUUGGGGGGGAUUUUUAUAACGCUGAAGAUUUAACAGAAGGCUUCCCGUCGUGGCUAGUUACCAGAUACAGUCCCGUCUGUCACCUCUGCCUUUUCCUCUCUUUGUCUCGUGAGCCAAACCUCACGGGAUCCAGUAUCCGCAAGAAAUUCACUGACGUUGUUUUUGGAACACUUGAGUUACAGCCAAACCUUUCGUUUUUUGUUUUUUUGUUCGGAGGUGUCCUUCUCCCCCCCCCCCCCCCCGCACUCCGACGUUCUUGCCUGAAGGAAAGGGGAGUUGUAAGCAGCUAAUAAAUUCUUCCGAUUAAUCGC